UGUAAACAAAGCUGACAGCUAUUUAGUAAGCUGUUAACAACAUCUAGAUGGAUGCUAAGCCAGUCGUGUAAAACAGCCUAGUUUCUCGUCGGUACCGUGUAUUUAUAAUUAAUACAGCGAAUCGUUUUAUUUCAUUUGAAAUCUAUCCGCGCAAGUAUAUUUUAUCAUUGUGUUCGUUUACAAGCUAACGUUGCCUUCCGUUUUCUGGUAAGGGGAAGGCUAACGUUUGCACAAGGACAUUAUCGUUGGUGUUAACGAUUGCGAAGUUAACAUAAACUCCACUGACGGUCUUUGGAGGGAUAGUGAGUUACAAUUGCAACUGAUCCGCGUUUUUCUACCGCGAUUGUUUUGUAAAGGCAGAACAAGCGAGAGAGUUGGUGCAUUUAGCAGGACAACAAUGUCUACAUCCAACGCUAAUUUUAAAAACAAGUGUGUGACCCAGGUGAACUGUAUAUUCUGUGGCAGUCUUCUCUGCACGAGAGGCAUGAAAGCAGUGCUUCUAGCAGACACCGAGGUGGAGCUUUUUUCGACUGAUAUACCUCCAAAUAGAACUGUUGACUUUGUGGCCAGCUGCUACUCUACUGAAAGCUGCAAAUGCAAACUGAGAGACAUUGCUUGUCUCAAGUGUGGCAACGUUGUGGGCUAUCAUGUUGUGGCCCCCUGUAAACCCUGCCUGCUUUCCUGUAACAACGGCCACUUCUGGAUGUUCAACAGUGAUGCAGUUUCUACUCUCAACAGACUGGAUGCAACAGGUUUGAAUCUGCUCCUGUGGGGAGAUCUUCCUGAGCUGGAUGACAGUGAGAAUGAAGAAUCAGAAAGCCCCUCAGAGGAGGAGUGUAUUAGGUAGAGAGGUGAAUGGACAAUGUGACAGACCAGGAAUGCCACCAUUUGAGAGGUGGAGCUAGAAGAGUGUACAAACCAUGCUUUGAGAUAAGAGAGAAAAAUGAAGCCUCAAAGGGUAAUUAAAUACUGAAUCUAAUGGGAUGGAAAAUGAUUCCUCAUUGCUUCUCACGAGACUUAAACGUCACAAAAGUCUGGCAAUUAGUGAUGCCACACCAGGUAUUUGUCUCUGAUAACAGGUGAAGAACACCUGCUGUGACAUCAAUGAUUGGGACAUGGCCAGGAACACAGCAUGCACCAAGUCUGAACUCUGAAGCAGUACAAAAAUUUUUUGUCCCAUGUAACUAAGUGUUGAAUUACCCUUUAACAUGUCACCAUGCCUUUCCCCACCACUUUUCACUGUUAAAAGCACAGACAUGCACACUGUCACACACAAUCUAUCCUUGUGUUCAUUUUCUUGAGCUGUGACUGAAAAUGAAGUACGACUACCGCACUCUGCUUGAUUUUGAUCAGCCUAAUAAGAAAUUAGAAGUCUGACAGUGACAGCUUCCAGUGAAUGCUGUGCGUUUUCAUGCUGUUUAUGGUUCAUUUUCAGAAGAAAUAACCAAAAUCCAUCAACCAUCUCCUCAAUGGCCGUUAUAAUCUGUACAUUAAAUAUGCUGUAGUGAACAAACACUCCUGUUAACAGUCAUGUCUUAAAGGCUUAUACUCUUGUCGUGGCUGGGUGCUGACUAAAAGUAGGAGUGCUUUAAAAGGCCCAUGUGUUGGAGGAAUAGCACAAAUAUUGAAUGAUAUAUAUCUACGAGUACCUUGCUUUUUAAGAGCAUAUUUGUUUUAGGUUACCUUAUGAUUUGAGUUCUAUCAGUGAUACCUUUUGAAUAUGCUAAUACCGUGUUUGUUACACAUCUAGCAGCAGCAGUGUUUAACACACAGAUAAAUCUGACUGUAGCAGUAUCUAAGACUAACAAACUAACUUAUAUAUUGGGUAUGCUUCCUUAAAGGCUUAAAGCAAUUGAAUUUUAAAAUGAAAAUCAAGUAAUGAAUUUCCAUAUUGAGGACAUAGGAAGGAUAGAUUUUAGAUGAACUGAGGUUACACCCCAUAACUUUUUUAUUGUGAAGCAAAAAAUGGAAAAGUCUUGAAUGGAAAGUGUCCAUGUUCUCUCGUUGUUACUGUCCUGUUUUAUGUAGCAGCAUAAUUGUAGCACCGGAAGAGAGAAAUAGAUUAAACUCCAAAGAAUCAUGGGACAUGUCAGUAUUAAAUAUAUGGACUGGGUCCCCCUCUAAACAGAUAUUUAUGCCACCAUGAGACAGGUAAUUGAAUAGCAUUUCUGUAAACUCCCCAAUUCUCAGUAAUUUUUUUAGCCUUACAUAAUCCCGUUUCUUUCAAGCUGAACCCCCUUUUUAACUUUGGGGUUGAUCCUGCAUAGUUUUAGUAUCACUGCUGUGCCCUGCUAAUACUAUGAACCUGUCUUAAAUUACCAGUCUCUCUCAGAGAGUGAUGGCCUGUAUUGUUGGCGAAUCUUCAAGAAGCUAAUGUCGAAUGUCGCCUCUUUCCUGAAUAAAAAGGAAACGAGAAGAAGUUUUUUUCUCAACUUAAAUCGGCCUCUUUAUUUUUCAGUGCUUUCAGGUGUUGUAAAAUACAUAAAGAGGGGGAAAAUAUGUCCAGAUUUUCAUUGUUCUCACCUUUAAACGUAUAACUGACAGUUGGCUACACUUGCACACCAAAUACUGUCGCUGUGGUUUAACUGCUAAAAAAGUACAACAGUUCAUAGGUAUUUAUUAAACCCACAAACCAAAUAUCUAUAACCACAUACUUCCUUUUUGUUUACAAGUUUUGUUUACAGAUGCAUUGGGUUGUAUGUGCUACAGUACUCUUAUGUUUUUUGUUAUGUAUUUAAUAUUUCAUUUGUGAUGUAGUGCUUUGUUUUGUAUGUUAAAGAUUGGAUGUGUACAGUUGUACCUCAUGAAGGUAUCACUUACGAGCUUCCUCUGGCUAAGACGAUUGUCAAAAGAUAAUCAAAAGAAUUAUUUAAAUGGCUGUUUCUGAUGUGAAUAACUUUGAUUAACAUGCCCUGCUGAAAAACAUGUAUAUUUUGGAAUUGCACUGAAACUGCAUUGGUAGUUUGAAAAGAUCAUU